CAGAAUACUUUUAUUUACUUUAUACAAUAUAAUCUUCCCUUCUUCUUCCAUUCAAUCUCAAUGCAUCGACCCACUUUUAUGCCUGACUUCAAUAUGAGAAGUGAUGGUGAUAUUCAACAACCUCAAGCAAGAACUCAACCUCAGGGUCAGCGGCUAUGAUGCGUGGUCGUACGGAUGAUCAUGAUAUUGGUAUGACCUUGGAUUUUGAACGUGCAAACAGUGCUCCUCCGACUGACCCAUUAUUGUAUAUGGACAAAUCAUUUCUGGAAGGUGGAUUCUCUGCGGCUGACCCAACGUGGAAAAAUCAGGCUCCUAUUUUAGAUCCGACUCCAUCAUCUCGUCAAGCUUGGCCAAAUAGUACCGGUAGCACUACUACUACAACAAACACUACUACCAUUAACACUAAUCACAGCAAUCAUAGUAACAAUAGCUUUGGUUUAUUGGAAAAGGAUCGAUAUACAUCAUUUGGAAAUAACAGCAAUGACAGUCUCACUGGUGAUUAUGGUAAUAACAAGGAUCAUUCCGCUGUUUGGAAUCAAUCUAAUCCGGCUUCUGCUUUGGUGUCACCUCAACUAAACGAAUCAUUUUCUACAGGAACUAGUAACACUCAAAUGAUUCCAAGAUCUCAUUCUCCUUUUACCUUGCAACAACAACAACAACAACAACAGCAAGUCGGACGUAGUGCUGGUCAAUUAAAACAAAAUGCUAGUUAUCGUUAUUACUCAUCUGAUACCUCCUUUGGAAAUGAUGACUUUGCUCCUGUUACCUCCUUGAAUCCUGAUUUCUAUGGUACAAACAGCGUUCUCACCACCUCACCACGCAUUCAACAACAACAACAACAGCAUCGGUUCAAUAUGUCACCACCUCCUCGUGCCAAUUCUACUCCUCCAUCUAAUAUUCAACGUGAUCACAUACCUGACAAUUACGAAUAUGAACGUCUUGUUUAUGGCACUAAUGCUUUGUCACUCAAUCCCAAGGUAGGUUUAUUUCCAUGUUUAAUUAAAAGAUCGAUGAAUGAAUAUUAAACAUUAUGUUUUCUUAUUUGUAGGAUGAUCUGAAUACACAACAACGGUAUACACAUAUGAUACGCCAACAUCAACAACUUUCUCAUCCAACACUUGACAGUAUUGACACCGCUAGCAAUUGGAAUCAACAAACAAUGCGCAACAAUAUCAUGUCACCAGGUAGGAAAUGACUUU